AUGAAGCAAUUGAGUGAUGAUUGGUUUGCUAUUGGGCAGAGCUAUUUCAGUGGAUGUGGAGGUCUUAUUGCAUUUCUUCAAAAGCCCAAACAAUCAUCCAACUCCCUUCUUUUUAUUACCACUGCUUCUGGAAAACCUUUUGCUGAGUCUACGUGGAAAGAUGCUCCUCCUGUCGCAAUUUCCUGGUCUAAUGAUGAGGAACUGGUUGUCGUUCAAAAAUCUGGUUAUGCAACAAUCUUGAACCUCAAUGGAACAUUUAACCGAAGAUUCAGUUUUGGAAAAGAUGCUGAAAAUAGUCAGAUCAUUGAUGCCAAGUUCUUCUCUUAUGAAGGACGAACAGCCGUCGCUGUGAUUACAGGCAAUUCUCAGAUCUUCAUUGCCACCAGUCUCGAGCGCCCACGAAUCUUGGCAGUUGCUUCUGAACUGCCCCUGGUAAAUCGACCCUUCGUUUGGCAUGUGGCUUCCUCUCCAGCUCCCGGUGAUUUCGCAACGCUCAAGGGGCCUUGGAUCCUCUUAGCUUUCGACAAGCAUAUUCAUCGUUUAGGAGUUGGGAAAGCUACUAAGGUCGUUAUACAGAAUCCAAGUAGUCAGGAAAUUCGUUUCUCGAACUAUCAUAGACUAGCCAUCUCUCCUAACGAAGAGAUGGUCGCUCUCUACUUAGACUGCAGCGUUUUACGAGUUGCCAGUCUGGUCGAAGGUGGUGGUCUGGAUGUCCGAAUGGAACUUGACUUGUCAGCAAGAGCGGUUGCACUUGGCGGAGGAAGUAGUGACAAUAGCCGAGUCUCAACUCUCCCCUCUGGUCUAAUCUGGAUCGAUAAUUCUACUCUCGCUCUACAAUGGCGUAAUUUUGUGGUUGUGGUCGAUAUGGAGAAAAACAUCUAUGAGUUAUUCUAUCUAUCGCUUGUACAUAUUCAAUCAGAGGUUGACGGUCUACGUGUUUUGACUCUCUCCACCCACGAGAUAAUCCAACGUGUUCCCCAAGAGCUCGAAUGCCUAGGUCGAAUUGGAGCCUCCAAUCCAGCUGUGCACCUCUUCUCUGCCUAUCGGGAGUGGUUAGCCGGCUCAGGACGUGCUCAUGAAUUCCUUCGGCCAGUACUCACUUCGCCUAAUGGGCCUCGUGAAAUGUACGAUGCAGUGGUUGCUUGCCUUAGGGCCGCUGCCCAUUGUGCACUCACAUCGACCGAUGUUCAGCAACAUCUCCUUGCUGCAGCGCACUUUGCUCGAGGUUUUCUGUCCCUUCUCAUUACGUCUCCUUCUGCUAAGAAUCUGGACUGUAGUAUGAUUGACAGCUUUUCAAUAGGCCACAAGAUUGAUGUCGAUUCCUUUCCGAAUAAUCAUUACGAGGCGCGUGUACCCUCCCAAAAUAAUAAUAAUGCUGGCGGUCGAAUUGAAGAAAGCCGAUCAGAACUGACAAUCCAGGUAACGACCAUCCUGCGUCUACUGAACAGCCUUACAGUCGAAUGGGUGGGAAUGGCUCUCACAUGGAAACAGUUUGAAUCUCUCGGACCUUCUGCCCUACUUGAUCGAUUGCUGGCUAGAAAACACUAUCCUCUAGCUGUGGAGCUGGUCCACACCUAUCAGAAGCUACCUUCAAAAAUUCCAGAGCACAUUCAGGUUCGCACAAGCGGCAUGACCCGAAUUCUCUGCCACUGGGUGAAAAGUCUUCCUCUGGCUCAGUCUACCUCUCCCAGUGAUGCAGUCAAUUUGGGCAUUAUUCGACGUCUUUCUGCCAUCAUCGAUCGAUGUGGAGUCAGUCCAGGUGCGGAAUCUGGAGUCUCCUUUGCCACUGUUGCCGAAACCGCCAUAUCUUGUGGACAAAGGGUUUUGGCUGAUCGUUUGAUCGAAUUAGAACCCCGUGUAGCCUCACAAAUCGCCCUCUUAAUGCGUUUACAACGUUAUGAACAGGCCCUCUCUCGGGCUGUUCAGUCUGGAGAUAUGGAUCUCAUGUUGUCAGGUGUCCUGAAGCCUCUUUUGGAAGGAGUUGAUUCUCGUUUAGAGCCUACAGCUUUGAGUAUGCUACUGAGGAAGCAUCCGAUUGCUCUUGCACUCUAUCGGCAGUAUCUUGAGGGAAAUAUGAAUUCAAGUGGAUCUGGAACGCUCCCUAAAGGUAAACUUGCCUCGCAGACGCUUGCUGUUUUACAACAGGAGGUUGAUCCAUCAUUGGCUAUUCAGAGAACCGUGAGGGAGGCUUUCGCUUCAAAAGAACCGGCUCAAAAGUCUGAUUUAUUGAUAAAGGCGACAGAUGCUUAUCGUCAGAUGAAAUCGGAGUUUCUUGCACAGAUUUGUGAAGAAUCUGCAAAGUUAGUCAAUUUCCAUCGUCGACUUGAGGAACAACAAGUCACAGCACCCUAUUUUCGCCUUGAUGAACGAUCGCCUGGCUCUCAAGUCCUGCCUAAGUUGAUCGAGGCAGCUGCUUUUCGAUGGCAAGGAACUCCCGUUAACACCACUUACACACGUCUAGUAGCUGCCGGAACCCCCGCUACCGAUCGAUUAGCCGACAAUGUUCGACGCGAAUUCAAAAUACCCGAAACACGAGUUGCUUAUCUCCGUCUCAUUGGUCUUGCGUUAUCUCCUAACAAAUCUUCAGCAUGGACUGAGAUUGAACGGAUGGCUUUCGCGAAGAGACCUGCUGUUCCUCUUGAUGUGAUCGUGAGGGUCUUUGUUGACUCUGGGCGUCAGCAACAAGCUGCGGAUAUAAUUGCGAAGCUUCCUCUGGAACAAAAGGUUAAAUCUCUCAUUUUGAUUGGACGAAAGGAGGAGGCAAUUACUCUGGCUGUUCAGGAACGCUCGGAACCAUUGCUCUAUCUCAUUCAACGUCUCCUAAUUAAAACUGACCGACCCACGGCGGACAGAGUUGCAAAUCUCCGAACUCAAAUCUCAUCUCUCUCUUCAUGA